AUGGAUGUUGCAGAUGCCAACUUGGUUCCACCAACAGAUAAUCACGUAAUGAAGAAGUUGGAUUGUGUGGCAUCAAUCAUGAAAGUAGCACUAGAUUGCUGUGCUGAAUCUCCAGCAAGACGGACAAACAUGAAAGAUGUUGUAGGGAAGCUACAAAAGAUCAGAAUUCAACUUCUCGCAUGGAACCUUUCCACCUCUCUUAGAAAUUUUUACGCCAACAAUUACAAAAUCAAAGGGAGAAUUCCAAAUGAUGUUGGGAAUUUAAGCAGCUUAUUAGACAUUGAUCUUCCUGGUAAUAACUUGGUCGGAUUGAUUCCAACAUCAAUUGGAAACUUGAGAGACCUUCAGCGGUUUAACUUGAGUAGCAACAAAUUUACAGGAUUUAUUGGAGAUCUUAUAUGUAAAUUGCAGCAUUUGGGUGACAUUUACUUGGGUCAAAAUCAAAUUUCAGGAUCGCUACCUAAUUGUUUAGGGAAUAUUACUUCCCUUAGGGAGAUACAUCUGGGUUCCAAUAAAUUGAGUUCCAAUAUACCACCAAGCUUAGGGAACCUUCAAGAUCUAGUGGUUCUUCACUUAUCGUCAAAUAACAUGGUCAGAAAUUGGAAAUCUAAAGUCUGUAACAAAGAUGGAUCUAUCGAUGAAUCAAUUCUCAAAUGA